AUGGCUGCCCCUCCGCUCCGCUCCGCUCCCCGCACGCGCCCGGCCGCGUCCCGCACCCGGCCUGCUCCGGCCGGCAAAAUGGCGCCGCGCCGAGAAAGGUUCCGCCUCCAAGCGCCGCUUUGUUCUUUUGAGCCUGCUGAGCCGCCGUUGCCAGCUCUCUCUUGCCUUUGCUGCUGUUCCACUCUUCGGAGAGUUGCUGGUCCGGAGUUGCCAGGUUUAAAGAUGGCGGCCUCCAGGUGGACGCUGGCAGCUGGACUUCUUACCCGGUUGCAGACAACGGCUCCAGCCAGACAAAUGUCUGCUUCUGCCCCCUUGGCCCAGAAAACUCCCCGUUCUUUGUGGAAACUGGGCCGACUCAACCACGUUGCCAUCGCAGUCCCCGAUUUGAAGAAAGCCACAGCUCUGUACAGGGAUGUGUUAGGAGCUCAAGUGAGCAACACGGUUCCCCUUCCUGAACACGGGGUCUACACGGUCUUUGUGGAACUGGGGAACACGAAAUUGGAGCUCCUGCACCCACUGGGCGACAAAAGCCCCAUUGCCGGCUUUCUACAGAAGAACAGGGCCGGAGGCCUGCACCAUAUCUGUAUCGAGGUGGACAAUAUUACAGAAGCCAUAGGAGAACUGAAGGAGAAGAAGAUUCGUGUACUGAGCGAAGAACCCAAAAUCGGUGCCCACGGGAAACCGGUGGUUUUUCUCCAUCCUAAAGACUGUGACGGAGUCCUCGUGGAGCUUGAGCAAGUCUAAGCUGUGGAUCCUACCUAAUUGUGGGAACAAGAAACGGACAGAAAUUAACUACGGGGGACGUGGCGCCAAUUUUGGGUUGCAUAUUCUGUGCUUUAAAUUAUCUGUUUUCCUUGUUAAUGAAGUGGUUGGGGCUUCUUUUUUUUUCU